CCAGCUAAGAACCCGACCCAUUGUUUCAGAGACAGCUUUUGGACCCUUAAAAAGCAGAUGAAGAUAUUAAAGAAAGUAAUGCCCCUAUCAUAAGCACCACCAUGGGGACAGUUAAAUAACUGUUGCCUCCCGCGAAAAAGUGAUCUCAAAGCCUUUGUUUAUUUCUGUGAGGAACUGGAAAGGCAAAUGCUGGUCACUCAGACCAUCUCACUCCCCCUACUUUCCUUUCUUUCUUGCUCUUGUUCUCUCUUUUUGUGAAGCUUUUCACAUUCUCAGCUUUGUGACUGUGAGACUUGUUCUUACUUCUUAGGCUCAGGCAAUAAUGGUCAAAGAAACUGAGUACUAUGAUGCACUCAAUGUCAGUCCCUCAGCUUCGGAAGAGGAAAUUCGCAAGGCUUAUUAUCUCAAGGCAAGGCAAGUACAUCCGGAUAAAAAUCCAAAUGAUCCUCAAGCUGCUGAAAGAUUUCAGGUACUUGGGGAAGCCUACCAAGUUUUGAGUGAUCCACUGCAAAGAGAAGCAUAUGAUCGAAAUGGAAAGCACUGCAUAUCUAGGGAUACAAUGCUUGACCCCACAGCUGUCUUUGCUUUUCUUUUCGGAAGUGAACUAUUUGAGGAUUACAUAGGGCAUCUAGCUGUAGCAUCAAUGGCUUCUUCUCAAUUAGCUGGUGAAGGUGACAACCCUGAGAAAGUACAUGAUAAAUUGAAGGCUGUCCAGAAAGAAAGAGAAGAAAAGCUAGCUAAGGCACUCAAAGAUCUUCUUAAUCAGUAUGUGCGAGGUGAUAAAGAAGGGUUCUUACUUCAUGCUGAAUCUGAAGCUAGAAGACUUUCUGAUGCAGCCUUUGGAGUAAAUAUGCUACACACUAUUGGCUAUGUUUAUUCAAGACAAGCAGCACAAGAGCUUGGAAAGAAAACCAUAUACCUAGGGGUACCAUUUUUGGCUGAGUGGGUGCGCAACAAGGGACAUUUCUGGAAGUCACAGAUGACCGCUGCAAAAGGUGCAUUCCAGCUGAUGCAACUUCAAGAAGAAAUCCGUCGGCAGUUUAAAGUGGAUGGUAGUGGCCCUGAACAUGAUGUUGAAUCACAAAUACGCUUAAACAAGGACACAUUAUUGAACUCAUUGUGGAAAUUGAAUGUGGUUGACAUUGAAGUAACUCUCGUACAUGUUUGUCAAAUGGUGCUACGGGAAACUAAUGUUCGAAAGGAUGAACUUAGAGCUCGUGCUUUGGCACUAAAGCUUCUUGGAAAGAUAUUUCAGGAGGAAAAGCAGACACAAAAUGGUGCAACUUCAAAACGGAAAGGUGAUGCUGACACAGACGAUGAUGAUGGAACUAGUUCUGAUAGUAGUGGAGAGGAUUCACGACAACGGCUUUCAUAUAGAACUCCUUUUCUCACUCAGGGAAUUGGAAGACUCUUCAGAUGCCUCUGUAAUCCAGCAUAUGAUGUUGAUGACGACGAGAUUGUGUACAAAGGCAAAUGAUGUACGAGUUUUGUGUAUAGUACACAGUUAUCACAAACAUUAUGUUGCAUUUUUCUCUAUGGUUUGCUAAUUCCCCUAAAAAAAUUAGUGGGAAAGAAGAAACUCCUACUGGCUAGUUCUUCAUCUAUUCAUCAUGUAUACAACAUAAUAUUACUGUUAGCUGGUUCCAUUCUCUUUCUAAUACUAUAUCAACCUCAAAAGUUCUACAAACAUUUUAUACCUUUUUUGGAUGUCAUACUCCUGGACGAGGAUUUCGCUUGAUCUCAGUAAGACCCGGUGAUUAAGUGAAUAAGGAACUGUCUUGUGAAUCUCUCAUACCGCAACAAAUGUAUGCAAGCUCAGUGGAAUACUACUGUGAUGUGUUCCACAACUUCAAUGGAUAUAUUACAUAAUUGUCAAUGUCAACUUCAAUGGAUUCUAUGACACCAUUAUUUACGUGACAUAUCAUCCAGAAGGCAAUUAAUUACUGCAGAUACCUUGUUUAUAUUAGAAGGAAACAGAAAAUCAAUUUGGGAAGGUGGUAACUUAGACAAUGCACCAUUUCUUAUAUCUCCAGGUACAAUUUUAUUUUAAUUUUUCUUUUGUAUACUCAUUUUUCUUCCCUGUUUCAGGUUUCUAGUUUUAAAUUGCCUAUGAUCAGAAGGCUUUGAUCUUUGACCAAUCAGACGUAGUCCCUCAAACUGUGGAUGGUCACUUUUUGAGAUCAAUAUCAAACUUGAGAUGAUUCUAACUUCUAAACUGCAUCAUUAGUUGCAUUGAACUAAUCAUUAGAGAAGCAAGUUGAUGUAUUGU